AUGGAACCAGUAUCAGAUAAUGCAGGACCAGAUCAUGUUGAUGGAACUCAAUAUGAUAACAACAAUAACUAUUAUAACAAUUUUGCAGACUACGAGAAUGACAGCAACAACAACAACAACAGCAGACUCAGCAACAUUUUGAACGCAUUCAAAGACCUUGGAUUGGACCUGAUGCGCGUUGGUUCAAGAUCGGACAUGAUGUAUAGUCUGUUGAAUCUCGACAAGUCUGCCACAAAGGAGGAGAUCAUUCACUCCUAUCAGGUUCAUGCUCAGGCCAACCGCGACAACCCCGAGGCACUCUACAACCUCAAUGCCAUCAUGGAGAUACUGACCAACGAUCGUCUGCGCUAUGAGUUGGACCAGGAGACGCCUGUGUCUGUGCUGCGCGGCGCAUUGGCCACGGCCGGACAGUGGUCCAGCACGUUUAUCCAACACUCACUACGCAUUGCCUCGGUGCUCUGCCAGACCAGCACGGCCAUCCUCUCGCCCAAGGCCCAGAUGCAGCUCUGGGUGCAGCUGUGGCGUGAGAAGAUUAUGUUCCGUGACUACUUGAGAACAUUUGGUGCCAUCUGUGUCAGAGCAUGGGUGAUCGACACGUACCCAGUGAACAGCUCACUCAUCGACACGAUCAAGAGGAGCGCACUCGCCGCGUUGGUCUCUGCGCCACUCAACAUGGUGCUGACUGCACGUAUCAACCACCUUGGCCUUGGCUUCUUCUCUGCAUUCAAGAUGCUCGACUUCAAGACUCUGUUAACAUCUUUGGCCGCACAGUUUGUGUUUGAGCUGGUGAUCAGCGCGGUCAGCCCAGCCAUGGAGGCCCUGCAAGACUACACAUUCACGUUCAAGGAUGCCAAGGGACCCAAGAAGUUGGUCUACUAUCUUGGCCACCCAAUCUGUGUGUCAUUGCUCUAUGCCGCUGCCGUCACACCGUUUGCUACACUUCUGCAUCAACGCGAGAUGCAGGCGUUUGUCCCGGCCGCACAACGACUUGGUCUGGUACAACUUGCCAAGAACAACUGGCAACAAGCUGGCGUUAGAGCAUUCUAUCGUGGAGCAGUCCCCUUGACAAUGUUCGCCUUGAUCCAGUGUACAUAUGCCAGCUCGCUAGUUCUUUCCUUCCAAUGUCCAUAA